GGCGGAUGUAGCAAUGAAACGUGGAAUCAUAGAAGUUAAAGUGUUGAUAUGAGCAGCUUUUGUAUCUCAGCAAUUCUUUGGGGAUUUGUGUUUCUACCAAUACCAGCAUGGUAUUCCAAAGUGGCCGCGGCGGAUGACGUUAAACGAAAACAAGGCCAGCAUAAUAGCAACCAAUGCGACGCAAUAUUGAGUGGAUAUUCAGGUGAAUUCACAUCUCCGAACUAUCCUGACAAUUACCCUAGCGAUCAAGAUUGUUACUACACUAUAACAGUACCGACUGGAAUGCUUGUACGGUUAGAGUUUGACUUCCUCAGCAUCGAAACCGAAAACGAUUAUAUUAAAGUUUACGAUGGUCCAUCAUCACAGAAUAUAUUGAUUGGUUUAUAUUCCGGCUCAACUAUUCCCACAGUUCGCCUUUCACUCGGAACUGUCAUCGAGGCGCACUUUCAUUCCGAUGACUUCAGGGAGUUCCAAGGAUUCGCAGCCAGGUUUACAGCUGUUGAUGACCACUGCGGUGGAUCUUUUCUGGCGGACAUGGGCAUAUUUACAUCGCCAAACUACCCUGAGAAUUAUGAUGACAAUAUGGAUUGUUAUUAUUUCAUAUCAGUUUCUGAAGGAAAAACAAUUCAGAUCCAGUUCAAUGAAUUCAAUCUCGAAGAUGUCUGCUGCGACAAGGUCGAUAUAUACGAUGGUGACACCAUGUCCGCCGCGCUCUUGGGCAGUUAUAAAGGAACGUCAGUACCACCUAUAAUUACGUCAUCGAGUUCGGAUAUAAUUGUGCAUUUGACUAGCGACCAUAGCAAAACAAAUAAAGGGUUCGAUGCGAUUUAUACAUCCAAAUCAGAAGACGUUUCGGUAUGCUCCUCUCCACAAACAACCAACCUAGGUGGCCUAAUUUAUUCACAUGACACGUAUCCCCGUGACUACCCUGCUUUAUCCACCUGCAGACUGAGUAUUCAUCCUUUAGGCGUAUACGAUCAGGUAUAUUUGAAGUUCUUAGAUGUAGACCUAUACAUAGCUGCAGAUAAUGGAGAAUGCUAUGAAGGUGAUGUAAUCAUUUUACUCUACCGGUCCGAACCGGUUCUACACGCGAUAUGCCACGGUAAUGGAACUGGUGUUUCUUACACUGAUUCGUUAGGUAUAACUAUUGAAAUGUCGUUUACAAACCUUGUAGUUACAAGUGAAUACCGAGGAUUCAAGGCCAUUUAUUCACUCUACUAUGAGAAAGAUACCAUCUCUCAGUCAUGUUUACACGGACACGACUUUCUGUGCAGUAAUUAUCGAUGCAUAUCCGACUCGUUACGAUGCAAUAACUACGACAAUUGUGGUGAUAAUUCUGAUGAAGACAAUUGCUCAACGUCUUAUCUAGUAAUUGCCAUUGCUGGCGGUGGUGGCGUACUUCUCAUAGGCAUCAUCAUAAUCGUGACUUGUUUACUUUGUUGUCGAUCUUCAAGACACGCGUCAUCAGCAAAUGCUUCAAAUACACGAGCCCAUCCAGUGGAUAAUGAACGUACCAACGAAACGCCGGAAUAUGGUCGCCCGGCAACUGCUCCAGCUCUAUCCGUUGAUGAAUCAAACCCGCCUUUCAAUCCAUUAUACAAUCAACAAUAUAGUGACAGCGUGUACGUGAAUCCUGCAACUGGUCAAGCUUAUCACCGUCAAAAAGAACCGCCACCCCCGUAUAGUGUAGACGGCUCUCUUCCUGCAGUUGUUCAAACUCUCCCGGCUUUGACUUGA